AUGCUUGACACAGAGGUAGACUACGACUAUGACGCAUUCAAAUACCCUAAAUUUCAUCUCCCUUAUAUAGUCAGAACCCCCAGCCCCUCAAGCCUACCCUGGUCCCUUACCCCCGAAUUUUACCACAAAGACCGCGAGCAUAAACUCCUCAGUCAUCUGUGGCAUGUGCAGUUGGGAAAAGAGCAACUCCGCCACCAUUGGAACAUCCAAGCACUGCACGAGUUCUGGCGCGAAAACGGGCCCUCAACAUUCGAAGGCAGACGCUAUGGUUGGUCCCCAACUUGGAUUGUUGACGCUCUCGACUCGCUUAAAGAAGAUCUGGAAGGAUUUCAGAGGGUAGCGGAUCGCGCAGAGUUGAAAAGGGUACGGAUGCAGAAGCAGGCGAAGCAAGUUCUGAGACUAUCUGGAAUAGAGCUUAAGGAUGAGGGGUGGACGAGUGACGGCGAGAUAAACCUGGCAGUGAAGUUGGCGAGGGAGGAUGUAGUGGGUGGGGAAGGGGAGUGUUUGGGGGACGAGGCGGCGUUGGUUAAGAAGAUUGUAAUGGAUAAGGAGAAGGGGUGGGAGAGUUUUAGGCUGAGGGAUAAGAAGGAUCGGGAGACGAUGAAAGACGCGGCAAGACGGAACUUGGAAAAGUGGAGGGACACGAUUGAAGAAAUGACAGCAAGACGUGGAAAUGAGAGCGAUGGUAAUACUGACUUCGAUGACGAUGAGACUCCUACGCACACGCCGUUACGACGCCCGUGGAAACUUCCCGUUACGCCCCCUGAUCGACCUGCCGUGAAUACUUUAGAAACGGCCCGCAAGUCAUCCAAGAUUGUUCAUCAUAAGGGCGAGGAGAGAGAUCUCCAUUUUCUAACUUGGGAUCCACUCGCUCUCUCUCGCAUGAUGAUGGAUGUGAAGAUGGUUAUGUCUGAUAUUGAAUCUGGGUCUGGUCGGGAUCCGAUGGCGAUCUUGGCGGUGCCGGUUCAACUGCUUUGA